CCAGCCAAUAACAUUUGUUUCUACGGCGAGUGCUCCUACUACUGCUCUACUGAGCAUGCUCUGUGUGGGAAGCCAGACCAGAUCGAGGGUUCUCUGGCUGCCUUCCUGCCAGACCUGGCCCUGGCCAAACGCAAGACCUGGAGGAACCCUUGGAGACGAUCCUACCACAAACGCAAGAAAGCAGAGUGGGAGGUGGACCCAGACUACUGUGACGAGGUGAAGCAGACUCCUCCCUAUGACCGUGGUUCUCGUCUGCUGGACAUCAUGGACAUGACCAUCUUUGACUUCCUCAUGGGUAACAUGGACCGGCACCAUUACGAGACUUUUGACAAGUUUGGAAACGAGACCUUCAUCAUCCAUCUGGACAAUGGAAGAGGGUUUGGGAAACACUCCCACGACGAGCUCUCCAUCCUGGUGCCGCUGAGCCAAUGCUGCAGAGUGAGGAAGUCGACCCACUUGCGUCUGCAGCUGCUCGCCAAGGAGGAGUACCAGCUGAGCCGUCUGAUGGAGGAGUCCCUGCUGCGUGACCGCCUCCACCCCGUCCUCAUCCAGCCCCACCUGGAGGCCAUGGACCGGAGGCUGCGCCUGGUGCUCCAGGUCCUGGCUGUCUGCGUGGAGAAGGAGGGCUACAGUAACGUGGUGGAGGUGGACGACCACCACUGGGCCAGAGAAGCCAGAGGGGGCAGGGACACAGCCACCCACAGGAACCCAGGGCACAGGUAGUGAGGCCUGGCUAGGAAGAGAGGGAGAUGGGGGUGGAGGGGUGGUACCCCUGGUUCUCCUGCUUCUCCCCAUCCUGGACCUCCAAAGAAACUACCGUUGAUGGUGAACCAACCAUGGGUGUCUGGUCUCACGGAGAGACUGACUGGAUCCUGUGCCUGUGCGGGAGCCGCCAUUUUGAAUUCAGUGAAUUCCGAGACUUGCCGUCAAUGCCUCUAUGGAACCUCCCAUGUACGUGUGUUUAUAUAUAGGUACUGUUGGUCCACAGAUACAGCAGUGAGCUGAGGAGAGAAGAGGUCUUUGCUCAGUACCAAUGUUUUAUUACUUCUCUUGGACAUGAUAAAUAGGGACCAUUUUCAUUUUACUUUGUUGGUUUUCUUAUUUUAUUUUUUGGGGGGUUGUUUGAAUGCGAAGGCUAUCAUUGUUUGCUCGGGUUAGCACUAAGCUAGCUACAGUAUAUUUACACAACCAAAUGAGAUUUUACUUUAACAAGUUCAAAUGUGGUUUGAGAUUAAUUUAUGCACAGUAACUGGAGGAAUGGAAUAGAAGGUUUAUAAAGCUUUAAUUUUAAAGAGAGAGUAUGAAAAGAAUAUAGUAUAUUAUUUAUGAUGAAUGUCAGUGUGACCGUUAUUUAUCAGUUGCCUCCAUUUUCAACCCAUCACUAUCUAUGACUUAUAGGCCUCCAUUACUAUGAGACAUUAUACAAGAGGCUGUUUACAGUACAGAAAGUACCUGGUAUUUACUAAGAAAUUACAUGGUAAAAUGGUAAUUGUACAGUAAUAACCCAUUAAUUACUACAUAAAGUACUCAUUUGGUACUUUGGGAUUCAAACAAGCAUUUAAAUAUACACCAUUUUGAUCCAGGUAGUUCCCAAUUGUGGUGAAUUUUAAGCAUAAAGUAUAGUGAAAGCCCCAGCUAGAACUCAGUGAUGCCACAUAGUUUCCUGGUAAGUACCACCUAAAUACCCGUCAAAGCAGUACACCAUUAAAGAAAGUGCUACCGGUUUCCUUUUCAAUAAAGCUUUCAGUUCAACUUAAAUUCAGUGUUCAAAGCCUGGAUGGCAGCAGCUCUCUUAAACAAGGGCUCUUAUUGAAGCACCUCUCAGCAGCCCAGAAGUUGACUAGUGUUGAGUGUCCUGCCCUCCUCCAUUAAUAUUAGAUAUCAUUCAAUCUUUCCAUUUCUUUUCAUCAAAGCCUUCCAUCAAAAUGUGUCACUCGUUCAUGGUUGGCACUUAAGAUAAUUGCUGCCCCGUUUAUUCAGAAAUUCUGCAUUUUUGACUGAGGAACUUCUAAAUCAAUGCUUUGCUGGAAUGGCUGGAAUGAAAACAUGCUGCGUGGUUUACUAGGACAUGUUUUUCAAGGACAUGAGAAUAGCCUUUACAGGAAGUUGUGAUAGAUGAUGACAGUGUGACCGACAAGGCUGAAAUGUUUGUUUUUGCUUAGAUCUCACGUUAACUGAGCCUGUCUGUUCUGGUCUCAGCUGGCAUGGCAGUCCUGGCUUACAGGAUGUGGAUACAAAGGGUACCUCCCAAAUGACAUCCUAACCCCAUAGGGCUCUGGUCAAAAGUAGUGCACUAUAUAUGGAAUUAGGGUGCCAUUUGGGAUUCUUGCAAAUAAUAAUAAUACAGGACUAUGUAAAUACUGCCAUGAGAGAAUAUCAAUCUGACACUAUUCAUUUAAUAGGCCUUCGAGGUCUUGGUAAAAAUCCCCAUGUAUCUGCAUAUCAUGUAACAAAUGAGAGAUUUUUGCUGUUUUUCCCCCAAAAUACAUGAUCUCUUUGCUUUAUCCCCACGUGAGAUUAUUUUAUUACCAACAAUCUCUCACCAGUUUUGCUCACACUUCACGCAGCCUCAAGUUGACGUCAGUAACAGCGAAAUGAUUAUUUGGGAGAAAUAGUCUAGUCUCUAUCCAUGUGGAUGUAAAGAUAGGUUGGAACUGUGAUUACAGUGUAUAGCAGUAUACAAGGCAGAUGCUCUACCCCGUUGUCAUGCCAUUCAUCUUUUAUACCAACUAAAGUUACCAUUACAACACCAAACAAAUGUCAAAUGCAGUUUUCUGUUACAAUCCAGGCUACACAGUCACGCACAAUGUUCCUGUUGUAUUGUUCAAUGCUUUUCCAAAUUAAAAUGAUUUAUUGACGUGUCAUAACAUUUAAACAUGGAUGUGGAAAUAAGGGGUAUGUUCUAAGGUUUUUCUUUUUUGAAACAUUUC